AUGAUGUUAUAUCCUUGCGACGCCAUAUACUGUGCAAAUAUCAGCCUUCCGUGUCUCUUUUCCUUGCGCGCGCAGCGACAUACCUGCACACCAAACACCAGCAACCCGAACAGCAUCGCCAACGUCUUCGAAAACGUACUCACAGCCACGCCCCCCAGCAAACCUAUCAUCACCAGCGCAUUAGCCAUACCCCCACCCAAAGUUUCCUCUGACCCGACGACGUCUCCUGCUCGAUCCCAACGACUACUCCCCCCCCCCCACAUCCGAAACACAAGCUCUCACAUACCAACAAUACUCCCCGCACUAAUCUGCCUGUACGCCCGUGGGUUCGGCCUCCCAUCCUUGAAGACGGGCACCUUCGCAUCGCGGGAAUACGCCUUGAAGCUCUCCGAGACCGUCGUCAACGGUGUCGCGCCCGGGCCUUCGCACAGGCGCGGGGUUUGCCGGUAG